CGUAUUGGUCUGCCACUACUGACUCUUCUUAUCUUUUUCUUAUAAUAGUAUAUUAAAGGGCAUUGUCUGCCGCACACUCUUAACAGAAAACAUAAAACGCUUCUGACAGUUGAAAAAUUACUAAACUGAUUUUAUGGACCAUAAAUGACCUUAUCUAAUCUCUUAACUCUGGAAUUCGGUCUGUGUCGUAUAACUCUGUGUUUUAAUUAUUUAUUUACGGCUUUUUGGUUUUAAAAUAAAUCUUUUACUUUAAAAUAAAAAUUAGAUUCAAUGAGAAAGGUUGCAACAUCUUUAUCUUGUUUAAGCAUCUCAUUAUCUCACAAGCAAUAUUCGGAGUGGAAUUUCGAAUAGGUUAUAAACUAAAUAUGUUUUCGAAUGUAAAUAAAGGUUAUAUUCCGAAGCUGGUGAGAUUUAACUCCUCGGUCUCAGGUGUAUUUGUAAAUAGAAAUCCAAGAAAUUUGGAGCGUUUGCGAAUCGCACGAAAACCCGACGGAUAUCACUUGGAAAAACCUGGCCGAAAAUUCUGGCACAAAUUAGUACUAACACCUACAAAUAGAACAGUGAAAGCAGAAGUCAUCCACUUUGUCAAUGGUCCCAUUAUUGAGGCUAAAACUUCAGAAUUGGCCCUCCGUAACCAGCUUUACAGUAUAACUGAUACAUGUGCUUACAAGAAUCUUGGUAAAGUGUUUGCCCAAAGAUGUCUAGAAUGUGGCAUUAUGGAGAUGUAUUGUGAUAUUGAAGCAGUAAAAGGAGGCAAGGUUGAAAAGUUCUUGAAUGAAGUUGAAAAAGGAGGGAUCAAGCUACAAGAAAUGGAAGUUUAUAAGAAGCCUGAACCAUGGGAUCGAUUUAGACCAGAAAAGCCUUGGGAAGUUACUGAAGAAUAAGUUUUAUUUGUUGAAGGCGAUAAGUUUCAUUAGUUUUAUGUAGUUAUUUUACAUUUUAACAUUAAAAGUUAUUAGGUUAUAUA